AUGUUCUUAUUCGUACUGUUUGCACUUCUAUUUGAAGCACGAGGAGAUGGUUUUGUCGAGGAAGUUGCAUGCUCAUCAGAAAGCUUGACCGUGAUACUCAACAGAUCAGAUCCAGACAUUGCACGUUGGAUGAGUGAUCCAAAAGCACAACCUGUGGAAGUUGCAUGCUCAUCAGAAAGCUUGACCGUGAUUCUCAACAGAUCAGAUCCAGACAUUGCGCGUUGGAUGAGUGAUCCAAAAGCACAACCUGUGGUGUACGUUUAUGGUCAUAAAACGCUUGUUCCUUGUGGAACAUCGCUGAAAAACGACAAAGGACAGACGAAUUACAAUCUCUCAAUUCCUUAUGGAAAACACUGCGAUGUUCAUCUGGCGGAUUUGGAACCAAAUUAUCGAACAGCUGAAACGACUAUAGCCCUUGAGGACAACGUCGACACAAGCGCUUCAAAAGUUGUACGCAUCAACCAUGUUUUCUGUCUAUAUACAAGGAGUGUUCAAACAAUAAGAUACAGCGAUGUCUCUACUGCACAUGAAGUUCUAGCAUCUACUGGAGGAAAACCGAAGCCUAAAGUUGAAAUGAUGUUUCGAAGUAUCGACGGGAGACCCUUAAGAACUGCGAAAUUUGGCGACACAGUCGAAUUUUACGUUGCUCUCACGCCAGAUAAGGCAUAUCACGGUAUCUCACCGAAAGAGUGUAUGUUCAGUGAUAGAGAGGACAUGCUUUCCCCAGAUGCUCGGCAUUUGACGUUUGUCCAAAGCAGUUGUCCUGUUGCCGAAAUGUCAGAAAUUAUUGAUCCUCUGGCAAAUGUCAAUGAGGAGGUCUAUUUUUCCAAGUUUAAAACGUUCCGAUUCGGGAACCAAAGCACAGUGUUCGCACAAUGCACUGUGCAGGUAUGUCUCGAUGGCUCAGAAUGCGUUCAGAACUGUUUCAAACGGAUAUCAAACUCCAACUUAACCGCUGAACGUCUUCGAUUUCGUCAUAGACGAUCUCCUAAAUUGCCUUACAGCAAAUCUGAUUUGUACGAGCAGGUUUCUGUUCGCGAAUCGCUGACGAUUCUCGAUGAACUUGAAACAGAGGAAGGUAAAGUACUUUCACAAAUCUACGCUCAACUAUUGCUGAAUUAA